AUGUCUCACUGGAGGCUCAGAUUCCCCACUGACACUUCACGCAGGGCUGGACCGGAGUCCCUGCUGCUUCUGUGGUGGCUUCUGGUGUCAGGGUCUUGCACCGAAACCGUCAAUUUUCUCAACUACAAGGAAGAAGCCCCUGGCACUGUUAUCGGCGUUCUGUCUGACCACGUCCUGUUUAAUUCCCAGUGCGAGGUGCCUGGCCAGCUCCGCUUGAUGAAGUUCAACAGCUCGCUGAUCCAGGUGCACGAGGGAAAUGGGCAGCUGACUAUCGGUCGCGGCCUGGACCGCGAGCGGCUGUGCGGCCAGGCCCCGCAGUGCGUGCUGGCCUUCGACAUGGUCAGCUUCUCGCAGGAGCAGUUCCGGCUGGUGCACGUGGAAGUGGAGGUGAGGGACAUCAAUGACCACGCGCCGCGCUUUCCCCGCGCCCAGAUCCCCGUGGAGGUGUCCGAGGGCGCGGCCGUGGGCACGCGCAUCCCCUUAGAGGUGCCGGUGGACGAAGACGUGGGCGCCAAUGGGCUACAGAGCGUGCGACUGGCCGAGCCGCACAGCCCCUUCCGCGUGGAGCUGCAGACGCGCGCGGACGGUGCCCAGUGCGCCGACCUGGUGCUGCUGCAGGAGCUGGACCGCGAGAGCCAGGCCGCCUACAACCUGGAGCUGGUGGCCCAGGACGGCGGCCGCCCGCCGCGCUCAGCCACGGCAGCCCUCAGUGUGCGCGUGCUGGACGCCAACGACCACAGCCCGGCUUUCCCGCAGGGCGCCGUGGCCGAGGUGGAGCUGGCGGAGGACGCGCCCGUGGGCUCGCUACUGCUCGACCUGGACGCGGCGGACCCCGACGAGGGCCCCAAUGGCGACGUGGUGUUCACCUUCGGCGCCCGCACCCCGCCCGAGGCGCGCCGCCUCUUCCGCCUCGACCCGCGCUCGGGCCGCCUCACCCUGGCCGGGCCGGUGGACUACGAGCGCCAGGACACGUACGAACUGGACGUGCGGGCGCAGGACCGCGGCCCCGGGCCCCGCGCCGCCACCUGCAAGGUCAUCGUGCGCAUCCGCGACGUCAAUGACAACGCGCCGGACAUCGCCAUCACCCCGCUGGCCGCCCCGGGCGCGCCUGCCGCCUCGCCCUUCGCCGCGGCCGCCGCCGCCGCCGCCGCCGCUCUCGGGGGUGCGGACGCGACCUCGUCGGGCGGACCCGGGACGCCAGAGACCGGCGCCGUCUCGCUGGUGCCGGAGGGCGCGGCGCGCGAGAGCCUGGUGGCGCUGGUCAGCACCUCGGACAGGGACUCGGGCGCCAACGGGCAGGUGCGCUGCGCCCUCUAUGGGCACGAGCACUUCCGGCUGCAGCCGGCCUACGCGGGCAGCUACCUGGUGGUGACCGCGGCGUCCCUGGACCGCGAGCGCAUCGCCGAGUACAACCUGACGCUGGUGGCCGAGGACCGCGGCGCGCCCCCGCCGCGCACGGUGCGGCCCUACACGGUGCGGGUGAGCGACGAGAACGACAACGCGCGGCUCUUCACGCGGCCGGUCUACGAGGUGUCGGUGCGUGAGAACAACCCGCCCGGGGCCUACUUGGCCACGGUGUCCGCCAGGGACCCGGACCUGGGCCGCAACGGCCAGGUCACUUAUCGGCUGCCGGAGGCCGAGGUGGGCCGCGCUGGGGGCGCCGUGUCCACCUAUGUCUCGGUGGACCCCGUCCCUGGGGAGCGGCAGCACGACGGUGCUUUGACCGCGAGGAACUGGUCCGGCUGCAGCUGGGGCUCGGGGGGGCUCGACGGUGGCUCUCCGCCGCCCCGCCGCCGGGCCGUGGUGUGGCUGCACGUGGAGCACCAGAACGGCCUCUCGCCCCGCCACCCGUCAGUGGCUCAGCCCAGCUGCCUCAGCUCCAGCACGCGCCCCCGGGGCUACCUGCUGAGCCGACUGCAGGCUAGGGACGCGGACGAAGGCCUCCGCGCAGAGCUGACUUACAUCCUGCUCCGCAGGGACGGCGGCCCCGGGGCGCUAGCGCUACACCCGCCCACGGGUGAGCUGCGCCUGCAGCGCCGUCUGUCCACGCAGCCCGCCGGCCCGCUGACGGCGGUCGUCGUGGUGCUGGACGGAGGCCGGCCGGCCCUGUCGUGCGUGGCCACAGUGCUCCUCGUGUCCGCGCACUUGGCGCCACCUGGCGGGCAAGUGGUGCUGGUGCCACGGCCGCCUGCGCCGCCAAACCAGCCAGGGGCGGGACACGCGCGGGACGGCGCACCGCGCAGGGAGCAGGCCGGCACCCUCACCUCUCCGUGGUCGUGGUGGGGUUUUUGGUCAGGACUGUGGCCUUCUGCUGGUGGCCUUCGUCCCCGUGACUCGUUCCUGCCCAGGCGAAGCUAG